CACCCAACCUUAAAGUGCAAAGUCGAAUGUACCGCUUACUAUUUAAUGACGCAAAACUAUUACUACAAGCAUGAAGUUCAGGGUGGCCAUGUAUACAUACAUUGCAAAUGGUUGAACGAUGUUUCGUUGGAAGCCGAUUCCACCCAGAUAAUAUGCGAAAUAUCGCUUUCCGAUACGACUGCCUUCUGGCAUACUCAAGUCACUAUGGCAGACAUCCUUCGCUUCAGAUCUUUACAUAUUGAUGUGGACCUUUGGAAACAAUUGAUCCAAGCAGCUCUUGUUGGAAAUUCGGAGUUCAGAGGAGAGCCUCUAGAUCGAAGGCUGGACUUUUCAAAGCCUCAAUGCACUAUUUCAUGGGUGAGCCGUUUGGAAGGCUCUAUUGAUCUGCAAAUUGCCGAAGUCACGUUAGAGCGAAGUCAAGAUAAAGACACACCCAGCCAAUGGAAGUCUUUGUUAAAUGAUCUCUUCGACGAUGAAAUGUAUCUAAAGGAAUCGAGAGAUGCCAUGAUGACUAGGAUAAAAGGGCUGGAGGAGACGUGCGAGCAAUUGAAACACGCAGCGGAGAGAAUCGUUCGUGAUAAGCUGGAUGCUGAAUUAUUACUUAUGGACAAGUUCAAGUUGAUUCUGAAUGCGAAGAAACGCAAGAUAAAGAAUCUGACUACGGUCCUUCAAAAUGCUGAUCUUUUGCAAUCAAAUGAGCCUCCCUUAGCUGGAGCAUCCAAUUCGCCUGCUGUGGGAUCCACAUCUGCAUCUAUGUCCAACACGCAAACUGCAUUGACCAGAAGAGAUAAAGGCAAAAGAAAACGAACUCAAAGCCAUGAUAUUAUCGGCGAAGGGUCUUCUUUAUCUCAAACCGGAUCUCAACCAACACCCAAGCGGAAACCAACCACGUAAGUUGGUUAAAUUGAUAUAAGUACGAACUUGAGAGCAGAUACUGACUUAUGUCAUAGGCGUAAACGCUCACCGUCUGCCACACCAUCGUUGGAAGAGCUCACAACAGAUUCUCCAUUUAAAACAAAUAUAAAAAUGGAACCCAGUGAUAAAGUCGACAGACCAU